AUGUUACCAACCAACAAUCCCGACAUGGAUUUAGAGAUAGGAGUUCGAAACCCUGGAGAAAUAGCCGAUUGCAAUUCAUCAUGGCAUUCAAAAAUGCAAUCCUCAGAGGCAGACACUUUUCGCAAGAGGGCCCGAGAUCCCUACUACCCCAUCCCGAUACUGGAAUCCUCCGGCAUCUACUUUCCCGACGUUUACAAUAAUCGCAAGAUCCCCGGACCAGAGCCAACCUCGAGCUUGGGCACAAGUAGUGCAGUUGGUGAGAAAGGUAUUCAAAAUGUAAACAAUGCCCAUCGAACCUCAAAGUCUUUGCUCAAAGAACUUAUAAUCUUCAAAGGGUUGGGAGCGCCUCAACAAUCCCUGUAUCAAUCCCCGCCUGCACUCAAAUUUCCAACCAAGCCGCGUUCCUUAAGGACACGCCUCAGCCAUUGGAAAACAAGAUCCAAGUCUAUCAAAGGUCGUCAAAAGAUGAAAAAAAUCUGGCUGGCUACACUAGACGAUAAACCCGAGGGUGUCACCCACACAGAAAAUCAAACUGGAAAGCAAAAAAGCAAUCCAUCUUUGCGAUUCAAAGCCAAGCCAAUUUUCAAGAAACUUCAGCCUCAGGCAGCUAAAGACAACGCAAAACUGUCUUAUCUUUUUGUGCAAGCCAAAAAGUCCAGAAGAGCAAAAAAUACAUAG